AUGGAGAGUAUGGGGCAUCCGCAAGGGCAGACUCUCACGCCCGACCAGAUCAAUGUCCUCAUUACCAUCGAACGAUUUGGCGCGGGCUGCUCUAUGGUGGCUAUUAUUUUUCUCUUAUUGAGCUUCGCCUUGUUCAAGAAGCUUCGGACCACUCCAAACCUCUUCCUUGUUUUCGCCUCGAUUGCAAAUGCCGGUGCCAGUGUGGCAUCUAUGAUCGGAUAUGAUGGCCUCGAAGCAGGUGAGAGCUCACACUUGUGCCAGGCCCAGGCCUUCAUCUUCGAAUGGUUCAUGCAGUCUGACCCUUGGUGGUCUCUUGCCAUGGCUAUCAACGUGUUUCUCGUCUUCUUCUGCAACGCCGAUCCACGAAUGUUUCGCAGCUAUGCCUGGCUUUACUGCAUAAUCUGCUUUGGCGGUCCAUUGAUCCCAGCGAUUGUUUUGAUCUCCAUUCGCAACUCUCCGAGAGGCCUCAUGUUUGGGGAUGCUACUCUGUGGUGCUGGAUUGGAACCGACUGGAGUUUGGUUCGCCUCUACGCCUACUACAUCCCGAUCUGGAUCUUUUCUUUCCUCUCAAUCAUGAUCUAUAUUGCGGUCGGAUACCACGUCUUCCAUGCUCGAAAUAUGCUCAGGGAUUUGGUGGUCGAUGGAAUGAAGGUUGAAAGGAGUGACAGUAUCCCUUACUCAAGCAGCGAGCACCGAGGUUCCUCUGAAGCGGUAGCCUCUCCCCAUGAUAUCAGCGAGAGUGGAGAUACUGACUGUUAUCCUCAGAAUCUUACGGGUCGUCAGGAGUUCUACGGUACUGCUGUCACGGAAGUUCAGAUCAUACGAGAGGAACCAAGACAGGCAACACACCCUGGCCUUGCCCGACCUGCUACAGCGCACACUGGUUCCAACCCUCCACGUAUUCAAUCAUGGGUCUUGCCUGGUUCCUUCGAGCAACUCGAACGUACUACUUCUGGAAGAGCUCAACGAUUCGAGACGGUUUGUACGUCUGACAGCACUCCACAGCCAUCUUCGACUUUGAUCACCCGGCUUCGUGCGAUUAAAUCCAACGCUUCCUUGAAGCUCAAGCGACUCGAUCCAGUAAAGAUGGCGUAUCUUCGUACAAGCUUCAUUUUUGGCUUUGCAGUAUUGAUCACCUGGAUUCCGAGCUCAAUCAACCGACUCUACAGCCUGACGCAUGGGGACAGAAUCAGUUUCAGUCUGAGUGUGGCCAGCGGCUGUGUCCUCCCACUCCAAGGUUUCUGGAACACUCUGAUUUACUUUACAACCAGCUGGAAGGUCCUCCGUGAAGAAGUGCGAACAGCCAAAGCGGAGUGGUUCAAACGACCCGAAGAGUGUACAGAUGGGAUCCGCCUCAACAGUCGACUUGGAACUUUCAAGGGAGACUAUCGUGAUACCCUUGAGCGAACUCGACCAGUUCGCGCCGGCUCCACUGAGGAUGCCGAGAAGUCAGUGACAGAGUAA